UUCCGAUAUAAGGUCAGUCAUCAAUGGAGGUUUCCACCGUCGUCUCCCGUCCCUUCAAGCCCGGCCUCCGCCUUAGGACCUCACCGGCGUCCUCUUGCCUUCGCCGCUGCCAGGGCCAGAGCCUCAUCUUCGCCCCUCUCAGGAGUGAAAGUAGGCGCUACUUUCCCUUCGUCCCAAGGGCCGCAUCAGGGGCGCUUGACCAGGGCCCUGGUCGAGGCUCCGGCGGUGGGGGCAGGGCACGGAAAGCCUACAAGCAGUCGCAGUCGCAGGCGCAGCCGAAUUUUCCAGCGCUGCCUGUGAAGGAGAUUGCUUCUGUUGCGGCGCCUGCAGGAGCGUUUCUUGCCAUCACCUUUGUCUUAUGGAAGGUGGUUGAAAAAGUGCUUGUGCCAAAGCCAAAAGGGGUGAGUCUUACAGAGAAUCAAUCUUCCUCACCAGGACUAAAAUGGUCCUUUGCCCCUGGUACAAAUUUGCCCUCAGGUAUUAGUUUCAACAUUGGAAGAGAAUCCAGACAAAAGCUGAAUGAAUUCGCAAAAGAACUUAGGUCAUUCAGAAGUGUUGAUAUGUCAGGUCGUAACUUUGGCGAUGAGGGGUUAUUCUUUCUUGCUGAAAGCUUAGGUUUCAAUCAGACUGCAGAAGAAGUGGAUUUUUCUGGCAAUGGGAUAACAGCAACUGGACUAAAGGCGUUCGAUGGUGUUCUUCAAGUAAACACUGUAUUGAAAACUCUCAACCUUUCCGGAAAUGCUAUCGGUGAUGAAGGUGUUAAGGUUAGCUGUUAGUACAAGUUUAUAUUGCAUACUUUGAAGUUUGGAUUGCUAAUUUCAUGUGUGAGAU